AUGUAUGUGGGAUACCUUCUGGAUAAAGAAACCGGCAUGUAUCACCAGGGGCCAGUCAGAAGAUCAAGCAUCAAUCUGCCUCCACAGAACUUUGUUUCCACACCUCAGUACCCCGACUUUACCGGAUACCAUCAUGUGCCAAACAUGGAUACGCACCCACAGUCUGCAGGGAGCUGGGGACCCACAUAUGGAGCUCCACGAGAGGACUGGGGUGCAUACAGUCUGGGACCCCCUAAUACUAUUCCUACACCCAUGAACAACUCCUCUCCUGCACAAGUUCCGUACUGCUCCUCCGAGUACACGCACAUGCACCCUCCAGGCUCUGCGGUGUUACAGCCGCCACCAGAGAACGUAACAGUUGCACAGCUUUCUCCAGACAGAGAAAGGCGCAAUUCAUUCCAGUGGAUGAGCAAAACUGCGCAAUCAUCUUCCACAGGUAAAACCAGGACGAAGGAAAAAUACAGGGUAGUUUACACAGACCAUCAGAGGCUGGAGCUGGAGAAGGAGUUUCAUUUUAACAGAUAUAUCACCAUCAGGAGGAAGUCUGAACUGGCUGUUAACCUGGGCUUAUCGGAGAGACAGGUGAAGAUCUGGUUUCAGAACCGCAGAGCCAAAGAGCGGAAGCUGAUCAAGAAGAAGCUGGGUCAGUCUGACGGCAGCGGGGGCUCGGUGCACAGUGACCCGGGCUCAGUGAGCCCUCUGCCGGUGCCGGGCUCUCUCUCUCCCUCAGACAUCCACGGCCCUCUGUACCCUCCUCAGGCCAUGAACACGUUGCCCUCUAUCAGGAAUAUACAGCAGGUGACAGUGACUCAGUGAAAACUGUUGAGUUGACCACCUCACAAAAAAAUAUGAGCACUCCGACACGCGGACAGGACACCUGAACUGACGUCAUGACGCACACAGCUGUGGAUGAACUUUUGAUUUAUAGCAACGAAAUGCUGGAGGCUCUUCAAAUAUCGCUUUUUAUAGAAUAGUUCUAAUAACGUGAGGAUUUAAGAUUGAAAAAAGACGACGUGUUUCAAACUUAAAGCUUUAAAUUGAGAGUUAAUAAGAUAUAAAUAUCCUUUUUUGUAUGUGAUGAAGUGUAUGUGAAUAAAAUCAGAUUUCAGGGAGAUUAUAAUGAAGUUUAAACCGGAUGCAUGAUCCUGUCACACUUGACGAACUGUUGACAAAUCAUUUACACUGUUUUUUUCUACAUAGUAUUACCUCUAUGGUGGCCUAAAAAGCAGCCAACAGCUGUUACUGAUACGGGUACAAAUGUCGUUUGAUGGCAUCUCUGAAUGUAAAUAAAAUGUUUGU